UCUGGAAUGAACGCGCCGGGCUCACCACAGGGUACCGCAGGGAACUGCAACUGUUUUCAGUGAAUCCUCAGUUCCUUGGAGGCUCUGAAAUUCUACAGUCUUCCCUUUGGUGAUCCUGGGGCGAUGGAGCUGUCCAAUCGUUCUAGAGAGGAAUGCCCCAAGCCCCUGAACAGGGGAGGGGCCAUGGCUGCCAGCCUUGCAGGACUGGUGCUACUCCAGGCAGUGACAGGGGUACUGGCUGCUCGCCCUUGCAUCCCCAAAAGCUUCGGGUACAGCUCGGUGGUGUGUGUCUGCAAUGCCACCUACUGUGAUUCUCUGGACCCCUUGACCCUGCCUGCUCAUGGCACCUUCAGCCGAUACGAGAGCACCCGCAGUGGGCGCCGCAUGGAGCUGAGCAAGGGACACUUCCAGGCUGACUACUCAGGCACAGGUCUGCUGCUGACCCUGCAGCCUGAUGAGAAGUUCCAGAAAAUAAAGGGGUUUGGAGGAGCCAUGACAGACGCGGCUGGUCUCAACAUCCUGGGCCUGUCACCCACGGCCCGGGAUUUGCUGCUCAGAUCAUACUUCUCUGAGGAAGGAAUUGAAUACAACAUCAUCCGAGUCCCCAUGGCCAGCUGUGAUUUCUCCAUCCGCACACAUACCUAUGAUGACACCCUGGAUGAUUUUCAGUUGCUUAACUUCAGCCUCCUGGAAGAGGAUGUGAAGCUCAAGAUCCCUCUGAUUCACCAGGCCCUGCAGUUGUCCCGGCGCCCUGUGUCACUCUUUGCCAGUCCCUGGACAUCGCCCACAUGGCUCAAGACCAAUGGAAAAGUGAACGGGAAGGGAUCACUCAAGGGCCAGCCAGGGGACCGCUACCACCAGACCUGGGCUAGAUACUUUAUCAAGUUCCUGGAUGCCUACGCUAAAUAUAAGCUGAAGUUCUGGGCAGUGACUGUGGAAAACGAGCCCACUGCAGGCCUACUCACUGGAUACCCCUUCCAGUGCCUGGGCUUCACACCCGAGCACCAGCGAGACUUCAUCUCCCGGGACCUGGGCCCUGCCCUGGCCAACAGCUCCCACAGGGAUGUGCGUCUGCUUAUGCUGGAUGACCAGCGCCUGCUGCUGCCCCACUGGGCCCAGGUGGUGCUGGCCGACCCUGAGGCUGCCAAGUACGUCUAUGGCAUCGCUGUACACUGGUACCUGGACUUUCUGGCUCCAGCCAAAUCUACGCUUGGAGAGACACACCGCUUGUUCCCCAAUACAGUGCUCUUUGCCUCAGAGGCCUGUGUGGGCUCCAAGUUCUGGGAGCAGAGUGUGCGAUUGGGAUCCUGGGACCGAGGCAUGCAGUACAGCCACAGUAUCAUCACGAACCUCCUGUACCAUGUAGUUGGCUGGACUGACUGGAACUUGGCCCUGAACCCUGAAGGGGGCCCCAACUGGGUACGCAACUUUGUGGACAGCCCCAUCAUCGUGGACAUCCAUAAGGACACAUUCUACAAACAGCCCAUGUUCUACCACCUCGGCCACUUCAGCAAGUUCAUUCCUGAGGGCUCCCAGAGAGUGGGGCUGGAUGUCAGCAUGAAGACAGACUUGGAGACAGUGGCGCUUUUGCGCCCUGAUGGAGCCGCAGUGGUGGUUGUGCUGAACCGCUCCUCAAAGGACGUGCCUGUCACCAUUAGGGACCCUGCCCUGGGCUUCCUGGAGACCAUCUCGCCUGGCUACUCUAUCCACACAUACCUGUGGCCCCGCCAGAGCCCCUGAUGGCAGGCGGACAUUGGAGCUCUACCUGGUAUUAAAGGGAGAGUAGGCUGA